AUGCCCGCUAAGACUGGAGAGCAGGACCAGUCAAACACUGUCGCCACGCCUUCGAAAGGCCGGGCGAAACCUCCAAGUUUACUCGCCUGCAUCCCCUGCAGGAAAAGCCAUCUCAAAUGCGAUGGCAAGAAACCCCAGUGCAGCAGAUGCUCAGACCGAAGCGGAGCAUGCUUCUGGGUCGAUUCCAAGAGAGGAUAUCGAGAAUUCCGUAAAGGUUACCACUCGACAAGCGACGUCAAAUCACGGAAUGACGCCAAUGUUAGCGAGUCAAAGCCGGGGAUCUCGUUAGAGGAGUACAACUCCAACGUAGAUCCGACCCAGGUCCGACAGAUAACCUAUGAGGAGAUAUUCCAAUCAAAUGACCCAGCAUUCACCGGUCUUCCCCUCGAAUUUCAGCCUGUUCAAAUGAUAACGAACUUGGCAAGCGGCAGUCCAAGCAGUCGCAGCGACUCGACACUCUCCAUUACACGCGAGAUCAACCCAAUCGUACAGAGUGAACAUAAGAGGCCUACUGACCUCAUCGAACUCUUCUACAAGCACCUAUACCCGCCACAUCCAUUCAUCAUCCCCUGGAAAUUCUAUCUCCAAAACCCUUCUUUCCUACCCACUCCCUUGAAAUCGGUUUUGAGAUUCGCCGCGAGCCAUUAUGUGCCCCACGGUAAUCCAUCUCUUCUCCAGGCUGCUGCAAACGAAAUCCUAUCAGAUGAUGUGCCGGACGAUGGCUUCAAAGUCCAGGGUCUCAUUCUUUAUGCUUUCGUUUCUCAUGCCCGCAUGGACGAGGACUCAGGUGCGACUGCUCUCAUGAAGGCAGUCGGUAUCGCCCUGCAAAUUGGUAUGAAUCGAGAGACAUUCGCCAUCCAGCAUGGUCAAGACAAUCCUAUUCUCCAAGAAUGCUGGCGCCGAACAUGGUGGAUGUUGAUGAUUCUAGAAGGCCUCGUAACCGUUAUCGGGGGCCAAGGCACGCCGUAUACAACAUAUGCGACCUUCACCGACGUCGCUUUACCUGGUCAUGAUGAAGACUACAACGAACUUCGUGUCUCGUCGCAACCGCGCACUGUCGCAGAUCUACGGAAUCGGAUCCUCCUCGAAGAUCCCUUUUCCUACUCAUCAUUCGCCUACGGAAUUGAAGCUUCGUAUAUUCUUGGUGCAGUCCUGAGCCUCGGACCUGACAGCUUCGCAGUGACAGACCCGCAGAUUGAAGCCCUUGAUGCCAGUAUCUCCAAUUAUUUCCUGUCCUUGCCGCUGGACAAACGGGAUCCGACUCUCCCCGACGGCUCAGUCGAUGAGUCACUUCUUAAUGCUCACCUUGCCAUCAACUGGGCUGCCAUCGCCCUUCACCGACCUCGUUCCACCUUGACAUUCAUACGGAACCACUACCGGACAACAUGCACACGAGCUGAAGCUGCAGGCCUCCCUGCCUUAGCCUAUUCAUGUCACACAGCAAAAGCAUUGCGUGCUGCCAAUGCAAUGAUCAGUCUAGCUUCUAUACAACGACCCCUGUCAUAUUGCACCCCGGCGUUAAUGUGUGGAAUCACAACUGCUGCCACAGUCCAUCUACCCGCAUAUGCAAUCGUUGAUCGACCUGAUCAAGCAAUCGCCAUCAAGGAGCGGCUGCAGCUUGGUAUCUCUGCAUUAGCAUCGUUUGGUGAGAUUUGGCCCCGCGCAAGCAUCGCGAAGGGCCAGGUAGCAAGAUUUGCACGAGAGAUACUGUUGAAGCCGAAUGUUCUUGUUGACAGUACGGGUCCAGAACAAAUGCCCCGUCUCGUGGAACCAACGAAUUUUGCGCAGAUCCAACAUGACGCGCCUUUCAAUAACGACGUCUGGAUGGAGAACUUGCUACAAGCUGAAGAAGAGGAUGACCCUGCAAUGUGUCCUGUUUUCAACACGGCUUACGCUGUAUCAAAUGUGCAUGGUUCUUGA